AUGGCCAAAAUGCUGGGUGUUAGCUUACGCACAGUUGAGAAUAGAUUUGUUGAAUACAAUAUGACGAAUGUAUAUCGUUACAGCGAUAUUGACGACGACUCCUUAGAUGUUCAUGUGCAACACAUAGUUGCACACUUUCCACGAUCAGGUAAAUACUUUAUAAUGGAGAAAAUACCCUAAUCUUCAAGCGGUUAGCUACUAAAAAUUAUACCCUUGAAAUGACAUUGUAAAUUAUUUUUAACAAAUUGUGUUAAUAUAACUUUACUUGACGUUGUUUACGAUUUUCCAACAUUUUUACUUAAAGGACAAUGGCAAUAAAUUUUUUUAUUCUCGAUAUCUAUUAAACAUACCUACGGAAUACUUAAUUACGUAUUUUCACUUGUCUAUCGCGUUUAGUUGUUCAGAAAUAUCAUAAAACUUUCGACAGUCGUCCGCCAUCUUGAAAAAAACCUGGUAUGCUAAUUUAUGUGAGAAUAAAUUUGUGACGUCAAGAGCAGGGGAAACAAAUAUUGUCAAUAUAAAAUAGUAUGCGUGUGAACACAUUCUACGAAGAUUUUGACCAAAAAGUGCGGAUAAACUCCAAUUUUUUUUGUAUAACUGCGUAAAAAUUUAGCGCUACUACUCUACUGUGUGUUUCAGCCGUGUUUUUAAAAUAAACGCGUUGAUUUCGGCGGUAAAACCGCUUUGAUUAUAAAUGAUUACCAUAGGCAUAGUCUGGUACAAUGUCAAUAUGACAAUAUGCUCGCCUACUUUGUAGACUUUAUAUUUACUGUUCUCGGUGAUCGCGGCUAUGACCACAUCAACAGGAAUAAUAUCGCAUAAAUAAACACUAUUGCAAUUCGCGUGUAAAAAUCGUUUUGAUGUUUUUGUGAUAUAAAUAAUGAGAGAACAACUUUGUUUAUAAACUAAAUUUUAAUAAAGCAUUAAUAUAUACACCACUGCACUUUUUUAGAUAAUAGAACAAUUGCAUGCAAAUUAUAAUAACAUUUGUUGUAGAAAAUUGGGGUUGCAUGCUGCACAUUAUAAUAAAGCUGAUUGCAUUGGAGGAAUUAGAGCAUCUUCAACCUUGGAUUUUGACUCAGCCUUGUUUUCAUACUAGGCAGAAAUGGCAGCCCUGUCUUUUUAUGAAACUCUUAUUAAACAAAAAAAUUCAGCCAAAGGCUGAGUUCAAAAACGAGGUUAAAAUUAAAUUUUAAACCUGUUUCGAGCACCCCAGGCUGAGGGCUACUUUAUUGAACAAAUUCCAACGCUGUCAACAGUAAACAAGUUUAUCCCCAAGCUUGAAAAUGCUUCAUGUAAUCGGCGCAUACUAGAGUUAUUAUUAAAAGAGCAUAGAUUUAGCCAAAUUUGAAUAAAUGAACAUUCACACAAUCUCAAAGCCCCAAACCGCUCUCGAAUACACAAUAAUUAUAGAUCUAUAAUAGUCUAUAAUAGACUAAUUUUAAAACUAGGCAAGGAGAUGCAAAUAAAUCACCACAGCUAGAAAGAGCAUACUAAAAUGAGUAACAUUGCAAAUCUUGGUUGCGAAAUGUUGUAAAAUGCGGAAAACAUAGCAAAUAUUGUAUACUUUUGUAUUGCGUGCGGAAAUUGCUACCACAUUUGGGCCGAAAAUGUAGCAAUUUCCGCACGCAAUACAAAAGUAUACAAAAUUUGCAAACUUUGCAAGGCUAUAUGUUCCGCAUUUUACAACAUUUCGCAACUAAACUUUGCGAUUUUACUCAUUUUAGUAUGCUCUUUCUAGCUGUGGUGAUUUAUAAUUUGCAUCUCCUUGCCUAGUUUUAAAAUUACUCUAUAAUGGGAAUUGUCUGUUAUUGUGUAAACACACGCAGGAAGUGGCCUUCUGUUCUUAAUAUUCCCCAAAAUCUGAAAUACCCAACGCGAACAUCGUUGGUAAGCUACUAGUCUAUAAAUUUUGUGUAUCUUGUCCAAAUCUUUGUCAUCCAGAGGCCAGUUUAAUAUCUUCAAGAUAGCGACAAACAUCUAUUUUAAUAAUAGCCCUUCCGACAGCAUGUUCGCUUUGAAUUCUGCAUGUGUUGACAGUGUAGUAAAGGCAGUCAAGCACUUCUCCCCUUGUGUUUCAGCCUCCUUCAAUCAUACAUCUUAUUCAUCAUAUUCUAACGCUUUAUCGUGGCAACAAAACAAUUCAAUAUCCUUUGGCUUCAAUGUGCAAUGCGCCAAGCAUUUUCGACCUCAAACACAUGGUGAUUUCCUCGUCAGACUAUUCACUCUGUUCUUCGGAGUCGCUCUCGUCACAUCCUCGGUCCCAGGGCCUCACGGCUGACACUGCGUUGCCGGAGGCCCUGGCGAAAACCAAAACCGGAACUUCAAAAAUCUUGUAGUUUGCCGGAAGUAAACGUAAUAAAAUGCUGACUCUGCUUCUUUUUUUGCAAGGAGUGAACUUUGAGAAUUUCUCGAAAGAAAUAAUGUUUUACAUGCAAGAUAAACAUUAAUUUGAUCUGAUUAUUUCACCAUUAAAUGUUUUAAUGAUUGACCAAAUGAGUAAACUAAAGGAUCAUGUAAAUGUUUCAAUUAUGAAAGCUGUUCAAGUUGAUGAAUCGAAGGAUACAAUGCGUAGUUUGGGAGAGUCAUUGUAUACGGACAGCAAUCAAUUGGAGAACAUGAAAGUUUUUGAAUUUUUAUUAUAAUCGACGAAAUAUACAGACAAUUUAAAAGCGAUUGUUGUGGAUGAAGCCCAAUCUUGUUACUGAAUGGUGAGUGAGUGAUACUGAUAUAUUUGGUUGUUUCUCAAUUUUCUUUCUUUGCUAUAUUAUAUAUAAUUGUUAUCUGCAAGACUGUACACAUACAGACAACAUAUAUUCUGUUUAAUACGUCUGGUCUAAACGCUGCAUUUUACAUGUGCCAAGUCUAGAAAAGUUUGUUCAAUUUUUUAAGUGCUACCAAAUUAUUUUACUCAGCUUAACAUGCCAGAUGAUUGAGUGUACUGGUCAAUGUGAGAGUGCUACUGCUCAAUGGGUUAAUUAAUCAGAUUAUCUAUUGUACUUUACUAUCUUACUGUCUACUGUCAGACAAUUUUGCUCAUCAAGGGGAGAGUGGGUAUAAUUGCAAAGUAAUUACUUUGCCACUUUGGACAAAUGUAUAAGUUACAGUAUGUUUACUACGUACCGGUAUGUACAUGAGUCAAACUUUAUUAUUUGAGUCAUACCAUGUAAAUUCACAUUAGAUUUGGCACAUGUAAAAUGCUGCAUUUAGACAGAGACAAUGAGCAUAAAAACCUGAAAUAUUAUGUGCAUCCCACCCACCCUCGCCCCUCCCCUCACCUUAAUCUUGAUAUCCCCAGAUAACGAUUGUUUGUAGGAUAUACAACUACCUGUAAGGCAUCGUGUGACUGCAUACUACGAGCUAGUAUCAUAUUGUACAGUUUAAUACAUAUAUAUGACUUGAAAUAUGUAUUUUCUUGCCAGCCAUUUUCAAUCAUAAAAUUAUUCAUGUUGCUGUUAAAUUAUGAUUGGCCUAAAAUUUUUGGAUAAAGAUUGUUUUAAUUUAUAAACAUUGUACUACUACUUUAGGAAGGAUUUCAGGCCUUGCUAUGAAAGGAUUGGUAUGUUGGGAAGUUUGUUUCUUCAUCAACUCAGAGAAAGAAAUUUUAUCAACUCAGAGAAAGAAAUCACAUGAACAAAAUAAACAAUUUUGUGUCAUUGAUAUAAAUAAUGAUUUAUUCUUACAAUUUCCUCUAUGAAAAUUUGGUGUGUUAAUAAAGAUACUGUAAAAAAUAAAUAACAGCUUUAUGGUGCAUCCACCAUGCUGUGCUUUAAUAUUGCAGUGGUGUAGGAAAUGGAGGUGUGUGGGCACCAGUGUGCUUGUGUGUGGAGGCCGGAUGCUCCAGGAGUUCCCCGACAAGUAAUAUCAAGUCCUCGACAAGGAAUAUCAGUUUCCCCGAUAAGGAAUAUCAGGUUCCCAACAGGGGGCUAUAAUCUUUCGAACAGUAAAAUUAUUGUUUUGCAUGUUCAACUUAUGCUCACACAUGAAAAUGUUGAAUUUUUUGGCUCUCAUGAAAUGGUGCAGAAUUUAUUGUCUGUAACAGUGCAUUUACCAGCACUACAAAACAAGGUCAUUACAAAACAUAAUUUUUCCCAGUACAAAGCAAAGUUGCAGUAUUACUAUUAACAAUAUAAUUUGUCAACUGUAAAAAAACAUUGAUAGCCUAUAAAUUAAGCUAUAUAUUGCAUGAAAUUUAAGGCAAAAAAAGGUGGAAGAACUAACAUUUCCAGCUAUUAUAUUAAUCACUUUGUCAUUAUUAAAUAGUAUUAAAAUACAAUAUGUCAUUAUUAAAUACAUUUAAUAUAAAAUACAACAUUUUUACAUAAAUUAAGAGCCUUUGAUGAAAUUGAUAUAAAAUCAAUAAAGUAUGUCUAUUAAAUAUAGUAUAUUAUAAAAUAAUUUAUAUUUUAUAAUAUACUAUAUUUAAUAUAAUAUUAUGUAUGGCAUGGACCCCUCUUGCAUUGAACAACCACACAGACACUCAUUCACGAUCAGGAUUUUCUCAUUUGUAAUUGAAAGAUGCAAGACAUCACUCACAAUUUUUGUAGAUUUGUACAAUUAACGGUACAGUCUCUCGCAUAGCCUUUCGCCUGUCUUUGUUUAUACUCUGUAUAUAAUUAAAUCUCGUAUAUAAAAUGUCCCUUCGGCUUCGGCGAUUUCAAUCUUUAAAUAAAUCCAAUGUCCAAUUUUGUGCAGCUUUUUAAUACAUUGUGACACAAUAUCCAACAUUUUUUAUAUUAAAAAUAAAAUUUCCAUUGAUAGACAGCAGAUUUCAACGACCAAAACGACUCUUCGUCUCCUUUGAAGAGUUAAUACACUCCUAUCUACUCCUAUAGUCAGCCAUAUUUAUUAGUAAAAGUUCGUGUUCAAUUUCCGCAUUCCAUUGUUUUCAUGCGACCAAUCAAAUCACUCUUGUUUUGGUUUUCGCCAGGGCCUCCGGCAACGCAGUGUCAGCCGUGAGGCCCUGGGACCGAGGAUGCUCUCGUCACCGCUAUCGCUUGUUUCUAAGCCCAGUUUAGGUUCAAAUUGAUAAGGUAAUACCUUAUCUACUUGAUAUCGUGGAUAUUUUCCAUCCGAGUAAUCAAAAAGCGCCAAAUUUCUCACUAGAAGUACGAAGUCGCAAUAUGCGCCUAAUAAAAUAUAUUUGUUGUUUUGAUUCUACCCUGCUCUUGACGUCACACAGGUCACGUGACACAAAAGAUAAUUUUUUUGAAAAUCGAUCCAAGAUGGCGGACGUACUGAAUAUUUACGGUGAAAUAACUCGAGAACAAAACAUUUUUGAUGAAAACUAAUAGCAUAUUCGUAACCAGGGGGUCCAGUUUUACCAAUAUCAAGAAUAAAAAAAUCUAUUGCCAUUAUCCUUUAAAAUUCAAAUUAAAUCGUUACACCUUUUGUGAACUAUAAUACAGUACUGUAUUGUAUUAUAAUAAUACUGAAAACCACCAAGUAAUAAUUACCGACACCGCAAUUUUUCUUGCAGGCACCAAAAUUAUUGAAGGGGAGCUAAUUUCACAUGGUAUUCGAGUGCAAAGAAGAAGACUCCGAGACUCACUAAAGCGAGUUGAUCCCGUAGGAAGGAGAUUACGCGCAAUGGAUUCGUGUAUACAAAGACGUGUGUACAAUGUCCGGUCGCCUCUCGCUCUAUGGCACAUGGACGGAAAUCAUAAACUUAUAAGGUUCGAAGUUUCUAAAUUGUAUAAUAAUCACGCACUAGUAAACAAUAUUUUAUUUACUGUUGUUUUGUUGAUUUAAGGUGGCGAUUUGUCGUUCACGGUUGUAUCGAUGGUUUCAGUCGUGUGGUCGUCUAUCUAGCGUGUAACACCAACAAUACUUCAGCAGCAGUACUGGACCUUUUUAAGAAGGCCGUUGUCGUUUGGGGUUUGCCUUCCCGUGUGCGAGGUGACAUGGGUGUUGAAAACCGAGACGUUGCACGUUUCAUGCUUUCCCAUGAAAGCAGGGGUCCUGGACGAGGCAGUUAUCUAACAGGGCGGAGCGUUCAUAAUUGCCGCAUAGAACGGCUUUGGCGUGAUGUCUAUCAGAGUGUUCUGUCCGUUUUCUACGACCAUUUUAUGCAUAUGGAAUCAACAGGAAUUCUUGAUCCUGAUAAUGAAGACCAUCUGUUUUGUCUUCAUGAAUUGUACAAACCGGUUAUUAAUGAUGCGUUGCGUAGAUUCUGUGAUUCAUGGAUGAAUCAUAAAUUGCGCACAGCUGCAAACAAGACACCUCUUCAGUUGUUUAUAAUGGGAAUGCAACAAAUUGGGAGGGAGGACAGCGUCAUACCAAAUGAAUAUUUUGAAAAUCUGGGUGAGGUGAGAUAUUUUGGUAACUUGGAUAACAGAAUAUGUGCAGAAGUUUUAUUUUGUGCUCCCGGAUUUGGGAGCUUCGGUGGCCAAGUGGUUAGAGCACUUGCCUUUCACCUCUAAGGCCGCAGGUUCGAGUCUCAGUGAGAACUUUCUCAAUGCGACUCGAACCCAGUCCUCAUGUGAAAAGAGUAAAAAGUCAACGCUCUGCCGAAGGUCGUGGGUUUUCCCCGGGUACUCCGGUUUCCUCCCACAGGAAAAGUUGACAGGGUGGGUUAGGCACAAAUAUUCGGUGUAGGACUUCAAUUGGGACUAAUGGUUCUGUGUCCUUCACCUGUCAUCGAAAAUGGCGAAUUCAAAUAAAUAAAUAAAUAAAAAAAUAGAUGUAUGUAGUAACUUUUGACCCCGACAUAUGAUUUGUAAUGUGGCAGAGGGUUCAAAAAUCCCCUUAGCAAUACAAGUUUGAGGGCAUGUAAUUGUGAGAAUUUGCGUUUGUUUGUUUUCAUAUUUAACAUUAGCUAUUCAUUCAUGUUAUACAGGCAGAUAUUCAAUCCUACGGAUUUGACGCAGAUGCGGAUCUUCCCGAUGAGAACGAUGAAACGGAUGGCGUCAUUGUUCCUGAAACGUUAUGUCCUUUCGACGAGGAAGACCUAAUUAUUUUUAGAGAAAAUCUUCACGUCAUAGAAGAUGCAGACAAGUGGAAUAUACAGCCUUAG